UCUGGCGAAUUUCAUUACCAAAGAAUGCCUGUACCGGAGAUGUGGUUGGAUAUUUUCCAAAAGUUCCGUGCCAAUGGGUUCAAUGCUAUUAGCGUAUAUUUCUUCUGGUCUUAUCACUCGCCUGCAAAAGGCGUAUACGAUUUCGAAACGUCCGGGAAGAAUAUUCAACGCUUACUUGACUACGCGAAGGAAGCUGGGCUAUGGGUGAUUGCUAGAGCGGGACCAUAUUGCAAUGCGGAAACAAAUGGAGGUGGCCUUGCUCUCUGGGGCUCGGAUGGAAGUCUGGGAAGUUUGAGAACGAGCGACGAGACAUAUCAUCAAGCAUGGCUUCCUUGGAUCACCAAUGUAGGAGAGAUACUGGCAAAGAAUGAGAUCACAAAAGGAGGGCCAAUCAUUCUCAACCAAGUCGAGAACGAGCUUCAAGAAACAACGCACACAGCAAAGAAUACUCUCGUCUUAUAUAUGGAGCAACUUGAGGCAGCAUUUCGAGCAGCUGGAAUAACGGUUCCAUUCGCACACAAUGAGAAGGGCGAGAGGAGUAUAUCUUGGAGUACCGAUUAUCAAGAUGUCGGAGGUGCAGUCAAUGUAUACGGUCUGGAUAGCUAUCCUGGCGGACUCUCUUGCACGAACCCCAAUACCGGAUUUACAGUUGUUCGAAAUUACUUCCAAUGGUUCUCAAACUACUCUUAUACACAGCCAAGCUUCUUUCCGGAAUUUGAAGCGGGCUAUUUCACGCCUUGGGGUGGAAGCUUUUAUGAUGAUUGUUCUGCGGAGCAUGAUCCGGCAUUUGCGGAUGUCUACUACAAAAACAAUAUUGGGCAGAGGGCAACUAUGCAGAGCUUGUACAUGGCUUGGGGUGGCACAAAUUGGGGGCAUUCUGCCGCCCCUGUUGUCUACUCUUCGUACGAUUACUCCGCUCCAUUACGAGAAACAAGGCAGAUACAGGACAAAUUGUAUCAGACAAAACUCAUUGGCUUGUUUACGAGAGUUUCUACCGACCUUCUGAAGACGUACAUGGUUGGAAAUGGCACUGGCUAUGCAACCUCCUCUACCGCAGCCUGGACCUGGGAGAUUCGCAACCCAGACACUAACGCGGGAUUCUAUGUCGUACAACAAGCAUCCACAAGCUCUCGUGCAUCCGUCACGUUUUCUGCGAAUCUCAAUACCUCUCAAGGCUUGAUCACUGUUCCGAACAUAAAUCUGAAUGGACGCCAAAGCAAGAUACUAGUCACGGACUACGUCCUUGGAGACCACACUCUUCUAUAUUCCUCGGCGGACGUACUCACCUACGGAACCUUUGAUGUUGAUGUCCUGGUCUUCUAUCUCGAGGAAGGGCAGGCUGGUCAAUUUGCGCUCAAGACCGCCAGUGCCUCCACUCACACGGUCUACGGGACUACGGAAGCCACGGUCAGUUCAUCAAGCAAUGUUACAACAGUCGCCUAUACUCAAGGCGCCGGAAAGACUGUUCUCAAGUUCGAUGGACUCUUGAUCUACCUCCUUGACCAGCCAUCAGCAUGGAACUUCUGGGCGCCGCCAACCACUACAAACCCAAAUGUCAAGCCAAAUGAGCAGACUUUUGUUCUCGGACCCUACCUUGUUCGAAGCGCAUCGAUAUCCCAUGGAGUGGUUCAUAUCUCCGGUAACAAUAAUAAUUCUACGAUCAUUGAGGUGUACACUGGGGUGUCUGGGAUCCAGACAAUCGACUGGAAUGGAAUUCGUCUCAAUGCCGUCAAGACUCCUUAUGGUUCAGUGACGGCACAGAUCCUAGGCUCCGAGGAUCGGGCAAUCUCUUUACCAUCUUUGACGAACUGGCGCUCGGCAGACUCUCUUCCUGAAAAGCUCUUAUCUUAUGACGACUCGAAAUGGACUGUAUGCAAUAAGUCAACUACUUUAAGCCCAGUGGCCCCUCUUACAAAACCUGUCCUAUUCUCAAGCGACUAUGGUUACUAUGUUGGCACCAAAGUCUAUCGUGGCUAUUUUGACAGCACGGCCCUUACCUCCGUCAACCUCACAUGUUCGGGGGGUCUUGCAUUCGGCUGGUCUGCCUGGCUGAAUGGAGUUCUGGUUGGAGGGCAUGUGGGCACUGCUUCAUUACCAACGACGAACGCUGUCCUGUCAUUGCCACUCUCUUCCUUGCAGGCUACGGAUAACCUUCUCACCGUCGUGGUCGAUUACCAUGGCCACGAUGAGACCUCAACUGCGAAAGGUGUCGAGAACCCUCGCGGCAUAUUGGGAGCUUCCCUCAUCCCACCCACAAACUCGUCCAGUACCGGCUUCAAACUGUGGAAAAUUCAAGGCAAUGCUGGAGGAUCAGCAAAUAUCGACCCAGUUCGUGGUCCCAUGAAUGAGGGUGGAUUAUACGGCGAAAGAGUUGGCUGGCAUUUACCUUCCUUCACCCCCGAUUCCACUUUCGACCACUCAAGUCCUUUAACCGGCCUCAACUCGCCUGGAAUCCGCUUCUACAUUACAACCUUCCACCUAAACCUCGACUCUGACCUCGACGUCCCACUUGGUAUCGAACUCAGCGCUCCAGCUGGCACAGUGGCAAGAGUAAUGAUCUGGGUAAAUGGAUACCAAUACGGGAAGUUUGUUCCCCAUAUCGGUCCGCAGACGAGAUUCCCUGUUCCGCCAGGAGUUAUCAAUAAUAGGGGGUUGAAUACGGUGGCAUUGAGUUUGUGGGCUAUGAGUGAUGAGGGGGCCAAGUUGGAUAGCGUGAAGUUGAUUAGUUAUGGGGCUUAUCAGACUGACUUCAAGUUUAAUGGGGAUUGGAGCUAUUUGCAGCCGGGUUGGGAUGAGAGUCGGUUGGACUAUACCUGAGCUGUGGUAGCCAGAGGCUAAGUCACCUCAACCCUGUAUGGGAAUCUGGAUGCAUUAUCGCAAAUCUUGACAACAGUUUCUCAACAAGAUCAAACAGUUUAC